GGACGUUAUCGUCUUGCUUGGGGGUUUAAGUGCAAUCUCAGCUCAACAAAACAGGUUUCAGCGAAAAACAAAUUUCCAUUUCUCACAACACACUCCAUACACAGUUCAGCAAAAAAAGCUUCAUUAAAUUCAACCAUGCCCUCACCACUUCAUCCUGUGUAGCUUUGUUUUUCAUCCAUGGAAAUUCUCAACAUUUCAAACCCCACAAACUUUUCAAUCCCCACUUUCUGCCACCCCAAAACCCUCACUUCAAAAUUCACCUCAAACAACAUCAAACCCACAUCCCCAUUUCGCAGAACUUCAUUUUCUCUCUACCUAUCACGCUCCGCCGCCAUAAAGUUUCAAACUUGGGCGCACUCCGGCCGACCCAGCAACCGCCGCAACUCCCUGAGGAAGAAGCUCCUCCGUGAUCACAAGGUAAACCCUAAUCAGAUUCCCAACGACCCUUUUUCUGUUUCGGGUAAUGGCGUUGAGGAGAGUGGUGUAGGUGUUCAGGGUGUUUCUGUUGUUAACAAUGUGGUCGAAGCUGAAAAACCAAAGUCUAAGAUUUUGCGUGAGUCUGUUUUGUGGAAUAAGUUGGAGAAUUGGGUUGACCAGUACAAGAAGGAUGUUGAGUAUUGGGGUGUAGGGUCUGGUCCUAUAUUCACUGUUUAUGAAGAUUCCCUCGGAGCUGUCGAAAGGGUGGUUGUUGAUGAAGACCAGAUUCUGAAACGAAGCAAGGUUAGGAGAGAUGCCGUUGAGAAUUUAGCUGAAGUUAGAAGUAAAAUUCUGAAUGCUAAGAACAUUGCUAGGGAGAUGGAGAGUGGGAAUAAUGUGAUUGCUAGGAAUAGUUCUGUGGCUAAGUUUGUGGUUGAAGGGAAGGAGGAGGGUGGUGGUUUUGUUAAGGCUGUUCAAGGUUUUGUUGCAAAGCCGAGAUUGCUUCCGAGGCUUUCCUGGGUUGGGAGGAAAGUGUUGUAUGUGUUGGUUGUUGUGUGGGUGGUGAAGAAAUUAUUUGUUGCUUUUGGAGAAAGAGAUAAGGAGGUGGAGUAUACGGCAACGGAGAAGGAAAUGAUGAGGAGAAAGAUAAAAGCAAGAGAGGAGAAAGAGAAGCUGACGAAGCGCGCUGUUGAAGUUGUUGUUGAAUCUUCGGAGGCACCGGUGGUGGACAUUAAGAAGCCUAAGUUAGAUAAAGAACAACUUAGGAAUAGUAUUCUGAAAGUUACUGGUUCUGCUGAUAAAUUGGUAGUGCAUGAUUCGUCUGAUAAAGUGAAAACUAGAUCCACAGAGAUGGAUUAUAAAGUUCAAGAAAUAAGAGAAAUGGCUAGGCAGGCACGGAAAAUUGAGGGAAGCAAUGGUGUUGUAGGUAACAGGGAUAUGGAAACGGAUGACCCUGUGAUUGAGAUAUCAUCUGAUGAUAGUGAACAAUAUGAUGGUUUAAGUAAUCAUCAAAAUGAAGUUUCAAAGGAAACAACAGAUAGUAAUACCAUUAUGCAAUCAGUUUCUGUUGAUGUCCCAGAGAGCAUUGAUAAUUCAGUCCUGCAUGAGGAAGUCCCCACACAUAAAGGCAAUUUAUAUGCUUUGGAUGCCAUAGUUCCUGGUGAUAGGGAGAUCAAGAAACAAGAAAUAGAAUUUUCUGAAAAUGAUGUGCACCUGAAGGACAGUGAAAAUGGAAAGCCCUCAGAUACUCCUAUUAAUGGCUCAUCUAUGACAAAUGAAAGUUCUGUGAAGAAGAAACCUAGGAUCAUACGGUCUGUUAAGGAAGCUAGGGAUUAUCUUUCGAAAAAACAUGACAAACAAGAUCCUGGCACUAGCACGGAAUGUAAAAUUGAACUCGCGAAAGAAAAUAUUGCUGAUAUGAAAUCUUCAAGUGUUAUUGAUUUAAAUGGCCAGAAGUACCAGAAUUUGGAGAAGAAUACAAUUGUGUCUAAAAGUGACACAUUAAAUGGAAUAUUGGAUUCUAAGCCUCUCAUAAAUUCUAGCGAUGAUUCUGAUCAGAAGGAUAAGGAAGUUAGCCCAAGAAAGAAUGAAUACAUCAAAGGUUCUGGUAUUGAACCUGGAUUGGAAGAGCUUCAAAAGGAUGAGACCACUUUAGACCAAGAAGUCAGUGGCAUUAGUACAGAGACAAGGCUACCUGUAAAGCCAGAAAAUUGGCUGGAGAUAAAACUCCACAAAGUUGAGCCCAUAAUUGAGCAAAUUAGAAGUGAUGCUUUAGAUGGAGUAUCAGAUUCUAAGGCUGCCACAAGUCCUAGUGAAGAUUCUAAUCAGAAGGAUAAGGAAUUUAGCCCAACAAAGGAUGACUACUUCAAAGACUCUGGUGUUGAACCUGGCCUAGGAAACCUUCAAGAGUCUGACACCACUUUAGACCAUGAAAUUAAUGGCAUUGGUACAGAGACACGGCUGCCUGUAAAGCCAGAAAAUUGGCCAGACAAAAGCCUCAUUGAAGUUGAGCAUAGCAGGAGUGAUGCUUUAAAUGGAUUAUCAGAUUCUAAGUCUGCCACAAAUGCCAGGGAAGAUUCCAAUCAGAAGAAUAAGAAAUUUGGCACUACAAAGGAUGACUACCUCAAAGAUGCUGGUGUUGAACCUGGAAUAAGAAACCAUCAAAAGUCAGGCACCACUUUAGACAGUGAAGUUAAUGGCAUUAGUACAGAGACAAGGGGCUCUGGAAAGACAGAAAACUGGCUGGAGAAAAACUUCCAUGAAGUUGAGCCUAUAGUUAAGCAAAUUAGAGCAGGAUUUAGAAAUAACUACAUGGCUGCAAAAGAGAGAGUCAAUCAAACUUUAGAUAUACCAACUGAGAUGGAAUCACUUGGGGGUGUUGAAGAUGAUGGAGAACUUGACUGGAUGCAGGAUGAUCAUCUUAGAGAUAUUGUCUUUCGAGUCCGUGAGAAUGAGCUGUCUGGACGGGACCCAUUUUAUUUGAUGAAUGAUGAAGAUAAGGACACAUUUUUUAGAGGUCUUGAGAAAAAAGUGGAGAAAGAGAAUAAAAAACUUUCUGACAUACAUGAAUGGCUCCAUUCAAAUAUUGAAAAUCUUGAUUACGGAGCAGAUGGCAUUAGUAUAUAUGACCCACCGGAGAAAAUCAUACCACGCUGGAAAGGGCCUCCUGUGGAGAAAAUUCCCGAGUUUCUCAAUGAAUUUCUCGAUGAAAAAAAGACAAGUUCCACCAGAAAUAUGAACCCAGUGAAGAAGGAUGAGAGUGGCUUUGCUAUAACAUCAGCUGAUUCCUCUUUACAAGAAAAGGUUGAUGGCUCUACAGCACCUAUUAAGAAGUCGAAAAAUCCAAAGACUAUUAUUGAAGGAAGUGAUGGUUCAAUUAAAGUUGGCAAAAAAUCAGGUAAGGAAUAUUGGCAGCACACAAAGAAAUGGUCCCAAGGUUUUUUGGACUGUUACAAUGAUGAGACAGACCCAGAAGUAAAGUCCAUAAUGAAGGAUAUGGGGAAGGGUUUGGAUCGAUGGAUCACUGAAAAAGAAAUAGAGGAAGCAGCUGAACUAAUGGACAAACUACCUGAUAGGAAUAGGAGUUUCAUGGAAAAGAAACUCAACAAGAUUAAAAGAGAGAUGGAGUUGUUUGGACCGCAAGCAGUGGUUAGCAAAUAUCGUGAAUAUGCAGACGACAAAGAGGAAGAUUACUUAUGGUGGUUAGAUCUUUCACACGUACUGUGCAUUGAAUUGUACACAGUUGAGAAUGGAGAGCAGAAAGUAGGACUUUAUUCAUUGGAGAUGGCUUCAGAUCUUGAAUUGGAACCUAAGCCAUAUCAUGUGAUUGCUUUCCAAGAUCCCAAUGACUGCAAAAACCUUUGUUACAUAAUUCAGGCUCAUAUGGAAAUGCUGGGAAAUGGUCAUGCCUUUGUUGUUGCACGGCCUCCUAAGGAUGCUUUUCGAGAAGCUAAAGCAAAUGGGUUUGGUGUUACGGUCAUCAAGAAAGGUGAACUUCAGCUCAAUAUAGACCAACCACUAGAAGAAGUAGAGGAACAAAUUUCAGAGAUUGGCAGCAAAAUGUAUCAUGAUAUGAUGAUGAAGGAGCGGUCUGUGGAUAUAAACACAUUAAUGAAAGGUGUAUUUGGUUUUAGUGACCGGUCCAUCAAGAGGUUAAAGAGGAAGUUGAAGAAACCCAGAAAGGGAUGAUGGCAUUCAAACUUUUAACAAUGUGACCAGUUGAAGACACUGAAAAGUCCUCUAACCCCAAACAUUGAACACGAGCGCAUAAACGCUUUUCACAAAGCAAGGGAGUUUUCUUGCUUCCAGAACAUAUUUUGUUGACCAGAUUUUCCUAUACUCACGAGGACAUGGAGAGAACAUGUCAUCAGAAGUUUGUAAGGUUGAAAAAAAUGAUGUCAUGUCUGCAUGGUAGCAUCACUAGCAUGUGGUAUCUUCCUUCCAACUUCUAGUUUGUGUACUUUAUUUUUCUUACCCAAUUCACAGAUGUUUGUAUAUAAUUGAGGAACAUAUAGAUAUAGUUAUCAAGCUCCACGUAGGCAACUACUGAGAAUGAUUUUCUUCACGUAUAGAAAAUGAAAGAUUUGGGGCAUUUUAUUUAUUUUAAUUUUUAAUCAGUUGUGGUUC